ACCUCGGAGCCCGAGGCGGGUCUGACGUCACCAAGACGUCCCGCCCCUUUCCCCGCGGCCGGAAGUCGCGCGAGGCGCAGGGAGACGUGGCGGCAGCGGCGGCACCGGCAGCGCGUGAGUGCGGGGAUGAUCACGGACGUGCAGCUCGCCAUCUUCGCCAACAUGCUGGGCGUGUCGCUCUUCCUUCUCGUCGUCCUCUACCACUACGUGGCCGUCAACAACCCCAAGAAGCAGGAGUGAGGCCGCCCGGGGAUGCACCGCACCGGCACCGCUCGCCUGCCGCGCUGGGCCCCAGCUGCUCUGCGCCAUGGUAACCACAGCAGAGCAGUGCCAUGCUGAGACAAGAAGCCACGCUCCUUCCAAACAAACUUUAACAGAAACACAGUAAUACAAUACGAAACCGUG